AUGAUUUUACGUAGCGCGAUGUGUUCCCUUACUUUAAGUAAAUUAAAAAAGAAGAUAGCCGUAGAAAAGCUCGACAAACCAAAAAAGAAAAUUGAUCGAUUCGAUGGGUUAUCAGAGGAAGAAGUACAGAAACAUACUCUGCCAGACUAUUUGGAAAUGAACUUGGACAUGGUUUUCGUUGGAAUAAAUCCUGGUUUAAUGGCAGCAUAUCGUGGUAGAUAUUACGCGGGUCCGGGUAAUCACUUUUACAAACUUUUAUACGAAUCAGGACUAACUCCUCGAUGUUUAACAUACGAAGAAGAUUACAAACUCCUUCGAUACGGAAUUGGCUUGACGAAUAUAGUAGAACGAGCCACAAAAUCCUCCGCUGACUUGAAGCGUACGGAACUUAAAGAAGGUUCCAAAAUCGUCGAAGAAAAACUGCUACUGUAUAGACCAAAAAUUGCUGUUUUUAAUGGCAAAUGCAUCUAUGAAGUGUUUGCUAAUAAAACAGGUAAUUUCAAUUUAGGAUUGCAACCAGAAUGCAUCGGAGAUGUUGCAAUUUGGGUUACUCCGUCGAGCAGUGCCCGUUGUGCGAAUUUCCCUAGAAUGUCCGACAAAUUGCACUUUUUUACCUCUCUGAAGAAAUACUUACAGUUCUUAAAAGGAGAAGUUACGGACGUCGAUACAAAGGAGUUUUCGUUCGAAGGAAAAUGUAAACAAUUUAUUCCAAGAACCUCGAAGAUGUGGAGGCGAAAAAAUGUAUCUGCGUUCUUGCAUGGGGGAAGAGUCGCUAAUAAGGAUACUAUAUGUUUAGAUACCUCUGAUGUAGCAAUAGCUCAUAGCACGGAAUUUAUUGUGGAUCAAGUGCAGUCUGUUGGGCAGGAAACUGACGAAAAGGAAGAAAUUACGUCACUCGAUAAUUCAGUAGCAUGUAUUUCGCAAGAUAGCGUAAAGACAUUUUUUGAAAAUAAUUCACUUUCGCAAACCGAACAUUUCGACCCGGUAAGCGGUUCAACUGAUUCGGAAAAAAAUUUUAAAUCUGAAACGACGAUAUCAAAAGUUCGAACGAAUGUUAAUAAGAAAAAAAGAAGUGUUAAAAGACUUUCACAAAAACCAGCUAAAACCAGAGACUACUGUAGAAACAACCCUGAUUCAGAUUUUGUAAACAUAAUAAAACAAAGACUUAUGAACAAGGUUGAGAAUAAUUCUGACGAAGAAAGUGAUAUAGAAAAUAAAUAA